GGGAACGGAACUUCCGGAGGGGCGGGGCAGGUGCCGCGGACAGCCAAUCAGUGAACGGAGAACUAGGAGCCCGGCACAGCAGCCAAUCCCGUCGCAGCGGCCUCGGCCUCAGCCGGCGCGGGACAAUUUGAACACCGCGGCGGAGCGCCGGGCCGGCUGAGGCGCGCUCGCGGGCUUGGAGGCGCUGCGGGGAAGCCCGGGACUCGCGGAGGAGCGUGGCGGAGUUCAGCUAAGAAGAUGUCAGCGUUUACUCCAAGGAAAAGGAAGACUCGGAGUUGUGACGACCUGUUAUCAAAGAGUCAAUCAAAGACAUUAGCUUUGGACCCAACUGAAAGCUUAUUUCCAUCAUCUAACAAAAAGAACGUUUGCCAGAGCAGUGAGAAAAAUGAAGAAGACAUGCAUUGCUCGCAACAAGAUCGUUUCAUUUCAAGUCCACUCAAAACAGUGAAAGAAAAUGGAGGAUUGUCCUCUGCCAGUCAGAUGUCACCAUUUAAGUCGGCUGUGUCGUCUGGAUCCUUUUACAACAAAGAUAAGUGGUACCUCAACCCACUAGAGAGAAAGAUGAUGAGAGAGUUCUUAACUUCUCUAAAUAAGAAAGAUGAAUCUUUACCCAACUUGACAGAACAAGUGCAGAAAAAAGCAGCCUGCUCCAAGAAAAGGAGCAAAAAACCACAGAAGAGUUUAACUGCUAAAUAUCAACCACAUUAUAAAUGCACCAAGCCUGUAUCAAAGAGCUCAAAAAAUCCCAAGCCAAAUCGAGUGGCCUAUAAGCGGCUCAUGGAGAAAGAGAACUGUUACUCACUUGGAAGCAGUCUGAACGCUCCUCCUAAAGUUCUAAGUCAAAAGGUCAAACCACAAGCCACACUCCAGGGUGGGGCUGCAUUUUUUGUUAAAAGAAAAAAAUCCUCUCAUAGCAAUUUGCCGUUGGAAAAUAAAUACGAUCUUACCCCAAAUAAGUUAAAAAUGAUUGGAGAUUCUGAUGUAAAGACUAUCAAUGAGAGAAAAGUUGGGUGCUUGAAGGAACUGAACAUGGAGCUGCUGGAUGCAAAAACUGAAAAUAAAGAGACAGUAAUAAAGGAUUUGCCAGAUGCAGUAGUUCCUUCAAAUGAAUGUAAAUCUGAUGAAAAUAAGUGUUUUUCUUCAGAAGAUUCUGUCAGUAAGAAUAAACCAGUUUCUUCUGAGCCCACUGUCUACCCGAUCUUCAGCAUGUCUUCAGCCCAUCUGAAAAGACCAGUAGUUGAAGAACAAUCUUCUGUGGAAUCCAUAUCUACUAACAUCUUGAAACAGAUCAGUACCCAGAAAAGUACUAAUACCAGAGAUACGAAUAAAGAAGUGAAGGACCAGCUCAUAAUUGACGCGGGCCAGAAACAUUUUGGGACCACCGUGUGUAAGGCUUGCGGCAUGAUCUAUACAGCGUCCAAUCCCGAAGACGAGCUGCAGCAUGCUCAGUACCACCACAGGUUCCUGGACGGAGUCAAGUUUACAGGCUGGAAGAGGGAACGUAUCGUAGCUGAGUUUUGGGACGGGAAGAUUAUUCUGGUGCUCCCACGUGACCCAAGUUAUGCCCUCAGAAAGGUAGAAGAUGUUCAAGAACUUGUUGAUAGUGAACUGGGCUUCCAUCAAGUUGUUCCCAGACAGCCGAACAAAACCAAAACCCUCCUCUACGUCUCAGAUGAGAAGAAAGUGGUCGGGUGUUUGAUCGCAGAGCCCAUCACACAGGCCUUCCGUGUCCUGUCUGAACCCACGAGCCCAGGCUCUCAAGACUGUCAGAGGGCUUGGCAGUGUUCUGAUGUACCAGAACCGGCAGUCUGUGGCAUAAGCAGAAUUUGGGUCUUCAGAUUGCAAAGAAGAAAACGCAUUGCAAGGCGGCUGGUAGAUACUCUCAGGAAUUGUUUCACGUUUGGCUGUUUUCUCAGCACUAAUGAAAUAGCAUUUUCUGAUCCGACACAAGAUGGGAAAUUAUUUGCAACCAAGUACUGCAACACCCCUAAUUUUCUUGUGUAUAAUUUUAAUAAUUAAAGCAAUUUCCAUCAGUGGACUGGGGUUGUGCCUCCGUGGCAGAACCCUUUGCUUACAAAUGUCCUGGGUUUAAUCCCUAGCACUGCAAAGGGAAAAAUAAGUCAUUUCCACUAUUAAACAGUUACUAGGCAGUUGAGUUCAAAUAUCCCCAUAGAAAGCACAAACUGCUACAAGACAUCGAUAUGAAAAAGUAGUGAGACAAAUAUAGAACAAAGGAUGCUUGCCUUGCAUGCAACCGACCUGGGUUUGGUUGUUGACACCACAUACAAUCUCAAGCCCCAUAUUCUCUGCAUGCAGGAGGCCAAAGUUCAAUCACUGGCACUGCCUGUGGUCCCCCCAAACACCACUGGUGUGGCCCCAAAGUAAUAUAUAUAUGUAUAUAUCAACAUACUUGAUUUAGGUUUUUUCCUUAUUGUAUUGAAAAGUUAAGAUAGUGUUAAAUUAUUUGGGGUUUCAGAAGAUGGAGAAAUCUUGGAUAAUGUAUGCAUACUACAACCCUCUUAAACCAUUAAUUAUGAAACUAGCUCUAACUGGAAAAAUAAUUUGCUACUUAUUUAAGGAGAGUGACAGCAAGGCAAAAUUCCAUAGAAAUAUCACUUAUCUUUAUAAGCACACUUUGGGUUAAGGUUAUGUACAAUCAGAGGCAAACAAAAUUUAGACACAGGUAAAUAUUUUCCAUGCCCAGUUUUCCAAGAAAAUUCACGGGGGCUGGAGAGAACGCAACAGACUGGAGUGUAAUAGAUAAUUUGCAAUAACUCAGCCUGGUUACAUUUAGAAACUUGAAUUUAUAAAGGAGGGCAAGGAAUGAGCUUAAUGUUUAAAUCUUAAAAAAACAGUCAAGGCUUCCUGUUCACCAGAUUUAAUUAAAAUUCAACAAAAUGUGCCAGGGAGAUGACUCAAGGGUUGGAGCACAUGCUUGGCAUGCUGGAGGCCCCAGUUCCAUCCCUAGCACCACACGGUCCCCUGAGAAUCACUGGGCAAAUACCAAAAAUCUUGCUCAUUCUGAAACAUCUGGCAAAGUGCUGACAGCAUGUAUAGUCACAGAACUAAAGCUAGUAGACAAAUACAUCUAGACUGGUGGGGGUCAAAAGGAAAUGACAUUAUGUAAAUACACCCACAAGUGCACACGUAUUUUUAGUGUGAUUUUUAGGUACUUUGGAAAAAAAUUGUUAUGAUUGUUUUGAUUGGACCCAUUGAACUGCUUUCUGGGAAAUAGUCCCUGGUUGAAACCAUUAAGCCUAGUCAUCUGUAUUCUUUGAUUUGCCUGUGAUUUAAUGUGGUCCCGUGUUUAAAGACUGGUCCCAGAAAGAAUGUAGAAGUGUUAAAAUGUAAUUAUGCAGACAUUUUAAUGCUAUUUUCUG